AGUCGUGAGUUUUUAUAAGCUUUUAAUGAGCUCGCCGUUUUGUUCUCAGGCUGGGGAUGUGGAUGUCGCCGCCCUCCUCCGGUCUGCUCUGCGGCGUGUGAUUGGGUUAAAGUCGGCUCCCCUUUCCCCUCUAACCCGGUGAUGUUGGCCGUUUCCUGCCUCUUCUGCCCAACUAGUGGUAGACACACAGUGCUGAAGCUCCGGUGAAGCACGUAGCCUGGACGAGCGGGUGGCUUUAACAGCGAAAACACGAAGCCAUCCAGUGAAGCAGCGUGUCCAGACCAACAGCCAUGCGAAGGAAAUCGAGGAUAUUACUAUGUUUCGCUGUGCUCUGGAUCCUAGGAAUAGCCUAUUAUUUCUAUUCAGGAACAACGCUACAUCGGAAGGAUGACUGGAGUGGCUUCAGUUCAAGCAGAAUUCAAGCACACAGCAACACAGACAGCAGAGCGCAGAGUUUGGAAACCCUUCCACCAGGGAAAGUCAGGUGGCAGGACUUUGACCAGGAUCUCUAUGUGGGGGCGACGGUGGUGAAGCCAGGCCAGGAUCCGUACGCCCGAAACAAGUUCAACCAGGUGGAGAGCGAUAAACUGCGAAUGGACCGCGGUGUCCCAGACACCAGACACGACCACUGUCGCCAUAAGCAGUGGAGGACGGAUCUGCCUGCAUCCAGCGUGGUGAUCACCUUCCAUAACGAAGCUCGAUCAGCUUUAUUGCGCACUAUAGUCAGCGUUCUGAAGAAGAGUCCUCCCCACCUCGUCAAAGAAAUUAUCCUCGUGGACGAUUACAGCGACAACCCUGAGGACGGAGCCUUGCUCGGGAAAAUCGAGAAAGUCCGGGUCCUUAGAAACGAUAGACGAGAAGGUCUGAUGCGGUCACGUGUCCGAGGAGCAGAUGCAGCCACAGCCAGUGUCCUCACUUUCCUGGACAGCCACUGUGAGUGUAAUGAACACUGGCUGGAGCCUCUGCUGGAGAGAGUUGAUGAGGACAGGACACGUGUAGUCUCACCCAUCAUAGACGUCAUCAACAUGGACAACUUCCAGUACGUGGGGGCAUCUGCAGACCUCAAAGGAGGUUUUGACUGGAAUCUGGUGUUUAAAUGGGACUACAUGACGUUGGAGCAGAGACGGGCGAGGCAGGGUAACCCCAUCGCUCCUAUCAAGACUCCUAUGAUAGCUGGUGGCCUCUUCGUCAUGGACAAAAGCUACUUCGAGGAACUUGGAAAAUAUGACAUGAUGAUGGACGUGUGGGGCGGAGAAAACCUUGAAAUCUCAUUCCGGGUCUGGCAGUGCGGUGGCAGUCUGGAGAUCAUUCCCUGCAGUCGAGUUGGACACGUGUUCAGGAAGCAGCAUCCCUACACAUUUCCCGGAGGCAGUGGGACCGUGUUCGCCAGGAACACUAGACGAGCGGCAGAGGUGUGGAUGGACGAUUUCAAGAACUUUUAUUAUGCUGCUGUUCCCUCUGCACGGAAUGUGCCCUAUGGGAAUAUUCAGAGCAGGCUGGAAAUGAAGAAGAGAUUAGGUUGCAGGCCAUUUAAGUGGUACCUGGAGAACGUGUACCCAGAACUCAGGGUCCCGGACCAUCAGGACAUCGCUUUCGGAGCCCUGCAGCAAGGCGGGAACUGCCUCGACACGCUCGGACACUUCGCCGACGGCGUGGUGGGAGUCUACGAGUGCCACAACGCAGGGGGCAACCAGGUAGCAUUCAGAUCACAGGAGUGGGCCUUGACUAAAGAUAAGUCGGUCAAGCACAUGGAUUUGUGUCUGACCGUGGUGGAGCGCAUGGCAGGAUCUCAGAUCAAACUGCAGGGAUGCAGAGAAAAUGACAGCAGACAGAAAUGGGAACAGAUCGAGAACAACACUAAGCUGCGACACGUGGGUAGUAAUCUGUGCCUGGACAGCCGAAGCGCCCGUAACGGAGGCCUGACGGUGGAGGUGUGCAAUCCCUCUCUCAGUCAGCAGUGGAAGUUCACCCUCAACCUGCAGCCCUAGCCCCUAACCCCCUACUUCCUGCGUCCUCGGCGGGUCACAGAGCAGCACGCGGUCUCUGAGGGAACGCUGCCCAGCCUCAGUGGGUCUGCUCGCCCCUUUUCCCUCACCCAGGGCUAUGGGGCCAAACAGACACAAAAAACAAACAUGAAAACUUUUUUCCAUCCAACUAUAUACCUCACCAUUUUAUUUUUGGUCCAGCUCUUAAUUGAAAUGCAUAGGAUUUGAGGUAUUUUAUUUUCUUCCUAUUUUUUUAUGCCAGCCAAAAGGAUUUCAUUUUUGUUUUGCAUUUCAUUUUCAUUUUCAUUUUCAAAGUUUCAUUUUCAGAUUUUUUUUUUUUCCAACCAUUUUUUUUUUGGUUUUAGGAUUUUUUUUUAAUUAAUCAAAGUUGUUUUUGUUUCAUGUAACCAAUAAUGUUGAAUGUAAGCAACGCUCCACAGAGGAAAAAAAAACGCAAGGACCUUUCAUUUUUAGUUCUGCAUUCUUAGCCCAGCACAGGGGUGUGUGUGUGUGUGUGUGGAGAGAGAAUCAGCAGGCCUCAGUUUAUGUGAACACUGUGUACAGUCUGUUCAACAAACAAAAGAAAUAAUCAGAGGCCAGCUUUGUCUUUUCCCCCUGCAGCUUCUAACAAAUUGUCAUUCUCUCCAUUUUGCAUCUUGAUUGAGCAAUGAAGAAAGAUCUGUUUCCUCUGUGAGCCUUGGGAGUGUUUUGGUGGAGAAACAACAGGACACCACGUAGUGCUCCGCGCUGCCAUUCAGUGUCUGUUGCCUUUGUCACAAAACAAACAAUAAGUUGUACUUUCUUUUAUUUCCUUAAUCAUCACAUUGUCCGGUCUGGGGGAUUUCUUGAUUCGAGUCCAUUUGUAGGUGCAUUUGCAUAGAAUCAUUCCAUCGACUGUACCUGUGUACUGUUUCAGUCGCUUUGAUAUGAAAAUGUAUUUGUGCAUUAUGUUAGGGUCAGCGUGGGGUCACUGUGAUCAAACCAAAAUCCCAGUGGCACGACCUGUUAGGAUUUUGAUCGUGGGCUUCCCAAAACCAGACAGGAAAAGGGGUUCAGAUGGUUUAAUUUGUGUAUUGCACAUUUAUAUUUUACUUGAUUUCUUGUUAUUUUAUUGUUUGUCCUUCAGUUGUACAGUGAAUUAAGUCGACUGCCUUUGACUGUAUCCAUGCUACUGUAAACAGAAAGGGUACCUGAGCUGUGCAGCUCUGUCAGGGCUGGAAGUAGCUGGACCUCAACUGGACUCAGUGAGAGAGGGAAAAAAAAAAAAACAACACAAACCUUCAUGCCGUAGGUGUUCAUUUCUCUCUGUUCUCCAUCCUCCAUGCUUUUAUGCUUUCUUUCAUUACCUAGAUCAUUUACAUUCAUUACGGUACUUCACACGGUGAUGUAGUCUGUUUUAAACGAUACAAACGGAUGACCUGAGAAGCUUUUAUUCUAGUUCCAUUUUUCUGACUUUGGUGUGUGUGUCUGACUGAGCAUUAGCCCUGUAGCGUAAUUUAUUCUAGAUUAGGACACAUACCGAUGAGUCUCGGAUAUACUGUAAUCACAAUGUUCCUGAGUAUUUUUGACUCCACUACAUCACCCUGUAUUUGUCCAGCUCCGGGGGGGGGGGAUCUUCUCCACGCGCCCUCUGAAGUGUAUCGAAGGACACUAAGACGAGUCGAAGCCUUGUUUGGCUUUGAGUUCAUCAGUGACGCUCUGACAAGACUGACUGAAUCGGGGUAAAAAAAAAACCCCAACCUGUGUGCGUUUCAUUCAAGUCAGACGUGACGCUGUGCUCUUUAUACGCAGGGGGCUUUUUAUAGAUGGCGGAUGAAAGUGCGCACUUGAUGAGUUUCACUGGUGAAAUACAACUGCCUCUGAUCAUUUUUGCCAUCACGAUGCCAACAUUUGAGCAAUUUUGUACAUUCUGGAAAGAAACCUUUAUAUGAUGUCAAAAAAAACAAACAAACCUAGGGCCAAAUUGUGAGAAAUCCAUUGCUUAUGAAUCUGAAUUGGAAUAAAUGUUUACAUAGUACACUGUGCCAAAGUUAUUUCCUGUUGGGUUCAGUUGUCUCAGCGUACUUCAAAACUAGAACAUUGACAGAAAUCAUGACCCCCAUAUUUGCCCGAUUUUCUUUUCUUUUCUUUUCUUUUUUUAAAAA